CUCCUCGUCUCACCUCGCCGCCCGCCCCGCCUCACUCGAUUGCCGCGCCACCCCCACCCUGCGCUCGCCUCGCCAAUGGCGGACCCGACGAGCUGCUGCUGCUGCCGCCGCCGCCGCUGCAUACGCGGGGAACCAUAGCGCCGAACGGACGCGCUGCUGCACCCACCCCCACCUUCCCGCGCGCCGCCGCCGCCGGCCGCGAGCGAGCUCUCUAAGUCCAGCAGAGGCGGCAUUCGGUUCGGCGAACGAAGAGCGGGGAAUCCUACCCCGCCUUGGGAGCUAGGCGCCAGGCGCCAUGGCGAGCGAGGCGAAGGAGAUGAAGUACAGGAGGAGGAGCAGGGUUCCCGAGCUGCCGCCGUCCGAGUACGGGCAAUGCAGCGACCGGAGCGGCGCGCUGGAUUGGGCCGCGCUCAAGCAGGACCCCGCGGAGCUGCUCCGGAAGCUCGACGAGAUACGGGACCAGAUCACCCGCUCCUGCGAGCUCAUGGGGCAGCCGCCGGAGCGCCACCGCGCGAUGAGCCGCCGCACGGUCUCGCUGCGCCCCUCGUACGCCGAGCAGCAGCAGCCGCCGCCGCCGCCGCACGCGGCAGACCGAGGGCCACCGGACCACUACCGCUCGCGCUACGCCGGCCGGUACAGGACUGGUUUGGCACCGAGUUCGUACGACCAGUUGCAGCGCUCCGUCUCCGACGAGACGUACGCCAGGCAGCCCAGCGGGCGGUUCCGGCAGCAGUACCAUGAGGAGCAGCGGGAGAGCUACGGCUUCGGACAGGGGAGGCGCCAUCACAGCGCUUGCCAGUGCGCGCAGUGCCUUCAGAGCCAGCGGGCGGCGGCGCCCGAGGAGCACAUCCUGAUGGCCAGGUACUUCGCUGGGCAGCAGGGGCAGGGGUCCUUUCGCUUCGAUAGAUCCCAGCCAAUCUCGUCUGAGCUUGACCGGAGAUCGGUGGCUUCAUCUCUGUACUCGCACGUUUCCAUGUCCAAGAGGAGGGUGGAGUAUUUCAGGAAGAAAGCAGAGAAAUUUUGCCGGCCGAUGAGGGGCGCUGCACCUUUUGUUGUGUGCACCUCCUGUUCCCAUCUGCUGCAGCUGCCUCAGGGGAAAUUCACAGGCCGGAAGAAGAAUCAGGUUCAGUGUGGUUCAUGUUCAGAGAUCAUUACUUUCAAGCCUAAGGAAGUGAAAGUUCAUCCUGUGAUCCUGCCGUCGUCUUUCCCUGUAUCAAAAAGUGUCAGAACUAGAGGUUCCAAUCACCGGGACGCCAAGAGUUCCGGGUGGUAUCAACAUCAGGAUGAUGACAACUUUAAUUUCUAUAAGCUGCAAGCGCACGACAUCCACCGACAGAAGAUAGAUUUUGCUGACAGUAUGUCGCCAUCUUCUACCGCGAGUUAUGAUAGAACAGACAGUGAGCAUGGGUCGAACAGGAGCAUUCAGUUAAAAUCAGUGCCUGCCAGCAGGUCUAGAUUUUCAAAUGACCCAAAGGAUAUAUUGUGUCAAGGAGAUACAGGCAGUCAAGUGGAAACUUCAGGACAUUGUACAGUCAGUCCACAGGGUCCAAUUUUAGUGGACAAACAAAUUGAUCCGUUCUCCAGUCAAAGGAAAGGUUAUAGUGGUGGAACUCAAAUCAAAAGAGAGGAAUAUGACAUUAAUACCAAAUCAGAUUAUGAAGCCAAUGCUAGAGAUGAAAGUCUCGGUAAGAAAUGCAUACAGAAGAGUAAAGAAGGCCAUAAGGGUGGGCUUGGAGAUGAACUCAGUAAUGGAAGAGCACAUGAACAAAAAGCUAGACACGGUAAUAUUGGCAGUCUUGAAGAAGGAAUCGUGGGUAACAAAUACAAACAUAAGACCAAUAAUGUUGUUAGUAGCAGCCCUGAAGAUGAAGAUAUGAGCAUCAAGUAUGAACGUAAUGGUAGCUUUAGAGUUGAAGAACUUACUAAGAGAGAUGACAAAUGCAACCAAAAGGAUGGCAGCAAUAUUCUUGAAGUUGAGAGCAUAGCUAGGGGAUGUGAACAAGACAGCAUGAAAGAUGACUCUGGGAAAUUGCUGCACUCAGGUAGUAGAAAUGGCAACAGAGCGGCCAAGAAUGAUUCAUCAGUUAAGGAACACACAAAUUCAAGUUCUCGUGUUUCUUCUGUGGCCGAGGUAGAUGAGAUACAGUCUUCAGUUGGUAAGAAUGGGGAUUCAUCCUUUUUUACUGGUUUCCUGAAGAAAGGUUUAAAGGACCUUUCAUUAUUCAACCAGUCUGUAGACAGCGCUAAGGUUUCAAUCAAUGGUCAUCCAAUCUCUGAACGAGCUCUCCGGAAAGCAGAGAAGAAAGCUGGUCCUGUUGGCCCUGGUUCAUAUUGGUAUGACUAUCGUGCUGGAUUUUGGGGUGUCUUUGGACAAGAAUGUAGAGGAAUUAUACCACCAUUUAUAAAAGAAUUCAACUAUCCGAUACCCAAGAAUUGUGCUGGUGGUAAUACUGGAGUUUUUGUAAACGGCAGAGAGCUCCAUCAGAAAGAUUUUGAUUUGCUUGUAGGGAGAGGGCUCCCUCGUAUACCUGGGAAGUCAUAUUCUGUUGAGAUAUCAGGAAAUGUAAUCGAUGAUACGACUGGCACGAAGCUACGUGGUCUUGGAAAGCUUGCCCCCACGAUUGAGAAAAUGAAACGUGGCUUUGGCAUGCACAUCCCCGAAGAAACAAAGUAGCUGUACUGUAUGAAUAUAUUUUUUUCCCUUUGCUUUUGGUAAAAGUUUUACACCUCGUAGCUACCAAUGGGAGCCUAAGUUUGUUGAUCUCUUAGUAUGGUGACAAUGGAACGAAAUCCUUCAUGUCUUGACCUGGUUCAGUUAUUCAGAGCAACUAGACUGAAAAGAUCUUCAUUUGGUGACGAAGAAUUCCAAUUUCUGAAAAGUUCAGUGUUCCUUGUAUGUAUAUGUAUGUACAUGUCUUGUCACCAAGCAAUCAUGGUAUAAAAGAUGCCGUUGCUUUGCAUUAUAUGGCGAUAUGGAGUAGUAUUUUUUGUGGAGCAUUAUAUGCCUCUUGCUGUAUUUAGGAUCUGAUAAGGACGAUACAAGUUAUGCAGGACAACUUUUUCUUUUCUUUUCUAUUUUUGAUUUGAGAAAGGGCAAUUAGUCUGGCGCGCACGAGGAAGAGCCUAGAUGGGCCUCACAGAGUACAAGGACUAGAUGGCCCAAUAGCCGUGUCGCAAUAUCUGAAUGGGCAAGGCGCCAAGGCCCUGUAACGGUGCCAUGUCGAGGCUGCAAGUGCAGCGUGUGGUCAUGUGGUGUACUGGUGUGCUCACAGUACUUUGUAUACAAAAAUUGUAGCUCUUGCUGAGAUCUUACAAAUUCCUAUU